GGAAAAAUGAUAAUACAAUUUGUAAUUGAUUUGAUUACAUCAUUAACAAUAUCAUUAAUUCAAUGAUCAAUAUUGGAAUCUUUUGCAUAGAUCUAAUUCAUACUAAUAAUCAUAAAGUAACCAUAUAAAGGAAACAAAAAACAGGGGGGGGGGAGGGAAAGUCAUAACUUUAACGGAUACAUUCGGAAUACAGUACAUAUUAUGAUGUUUAUUCAUUAAUCAUUAAACAAACAAAAAAAAGAUAAUGAAAGAAUAAUAUUUACAUUUAAUAAAUGAGUUUGGAAUAAGAUCAAAUAGAUAAUGUCAGGAUUUCAAUCAGAUCAUCAAACUCAGACAACAGAACAUCUAUCAGGAAAUAUCUAUACAAUCCAUUCAUAUUUUGUAUCUUACAAUUGUUAACAAUCAUUAAUCGUCUUUUGUACAACACCACCACCACCACCACCACCACUACCACUGGCACCACCUCCACCAUCAUAACAACAACAAUAAACAAAACAAAUCGAUAAUUAUUCAUAAAUAAAAAUUUAAAAAAAAAGAAAAAGAGAAUAAUAAUGAUCGAUUUAAAUGAUACAAUCCAUUUAAAUUGUACUAUGCGUUAUUUAUUAAAUGAAUCUAAUAUUGAUUCUAUUUCAAUUUAUGAUCGUUAUCCACAAUGUGAAUUACAAAGAAAAUUUAUGCCAAUUUUUUUAUAUAUUGUAAGAAUAUUUAUGUUAAUUUGGUUAAUUAGUGGUAUUUUUGGUAAUACUUUAUCAUUUUUAAUAUGGAUUUCAAAACAACAAAGGCGUAAAAAUAGUUCAGCUAUUUAUUUAGCUACAUUAUCUAUAACUGAUCUUAUUCUUAUAUUAUUAUUAUUAAAUUAUGAUUUAGAACGUUAUUGGUGUAUACGUGGUGUAAUUAUAAUACCGGGUAUAUGUCAAUUAUUUCAAUGUUUAUUUAUAUUUACACAAUAUUAUUCUAUUGUAUUAGUAUUUGGUUUUACAUUAGAACGUUAUUUAGCUGUAUGUUUCCCAUUUAAACGGCAUAAAUUAUGUACAACUAAAAGAGCUAUAUUAGCUGUAUUUAUUUUAUCUUUAUUUAUUAUUGGACCAACAUUAUCACAAGCUAUAUUAUGGACAUAUGAUAAUGGUGAAUGUCGUAUGCGUAUUAAUGUAGCUAUGGAUGAAAAAUUUCAAACAUUAUUAUUUGUACAAGAAGUAUUAUUUUCAUUAGUUAUACCAUUAGCUACAUUAAUAUUUAAUAUAUUAGUAUUAUGUGAAAUGAGAAGAUUAAUUAAAUCAAGUCAUUUAUUAAAAAUUUCAAAACAUCAAUCAAUUCAUUCAUCAUCUAUAAAUACUACUCAUAAUGAAAAGAAUAAAUUCAUAUUUAAACGAUUUUUCAAACGGAGAAAAUUUAGUAAUAAUAAUUAUACUACUCAUAAUUUAAUAAGUAAUACUACCAAUACUACUGAUGGUUUAAAUGAUAAUCCACGUGAUGAAUCAUUAAGAGAUGAUGGUACACCAAAUUUUAGUCCAAUUAAAACAAUACAAAUGAAUAAAACACAAGAUCAUUUAACUAAAGAAUCAACACAAUUUAUAUCGGCUACAUUAAUGUUAAUUAUAUUAUCAUUUUAUUUAAUUGCAUGUACAGUACCAACUGGUAUAAUGUAUUUAAUACAAUUUCAUUGGUUACAACCAGAUGAUUGUUUAACAGAUCAAGCUAUUUAUCAAUCAAAUGAAUGGACAAUAUUUUUUCAACGGAUUACAACUAAAGGUUUAAUUGAUGCAUUUUGUGCAUCACAUUAUGCAUGUAAUUUUUUUAUUUAUUUUCUUACAUGUAAUAAAUUUAAAAAACAAGUUAUCAAUAUUAUUAAAUGUAAAUUUAAUUAUAUUAAUUAUUAUUAUUCUGAUUAUGAUGGUACAGAUAUAUUGAUUUUAUCAAGACGUACAGCACCAAGAUCAUUACGUCAUUUAUCAGAAAAUGAUUUAUCCAUAGAAACAAAUCAUAAACCAUUAUUGAUUUAUAAUACUAAUACUUCUACUACUACUAAUAAUAAUAAUAAUAAUAAUUCGAGUUAAUGAGUAACACGUCACGUGGGUUCUUCAUGAUUUCUGAAACUACUCAUUAUUGUUUUAGUAGUAUGAUUACAUAAUUUAAAAACAGCUGAUUUUAAUAAAAGUGAUAUCGGUGAAAUUGUACACGUAUAUUAGCUUGAAUAUAAUUGUUCUUCUUUUUUUUAUUUAAAAAAAUUGUAUUCAUCAUUUCUUUGUUUUGUUCUUGCCAGUACUUUCAUUCAUAACUUCAUGUGAAUGUAUCAGUGUUUGUUCGAAAAAAACCCCCACAGACACAAUAUAAAAUGCAAUAGUUAACGAUGUUCUCCCUCUUUGUUUUUGUCUUGUUCUUUCUCUUGUAUAUCAAUCAUUAAAAAGAUCUUUUAUGUUUCGUUUUGUUGUGAUUUUAUUAUUAAAUAUUGUUAUUACUAGAUAAAUAAAUGGUUAUAUUAUUUA